AUGGCGAAUAACGCCUCUGCGCCAAAAUCUCAGCGCGCCAUGCUGCCGUCUUUGCCUGAGAAUGUGAUUCCAAAGAAAUCAACGACCGUGCCGUCAGCUUCGGAGGGUCUGGAGCUCUGCAAGCAAGCUGUUGCAGUGCUUGUCGGUGACAUGCGUGCUGAGAUUCAACAGGCGGUCGGACUCCUAAAAGGCGAAGCACAAAGUGCCAGCGCCACUCGAAAUCCCAUCGCGGCCAAGCUGCUUCUCGUUGCGGACAAUCUGCAGCAUGCCGAGAAGGAUGCUUUGGGCAAGAUGCGCGAGCUGUUAACGCACUCAAACUGGGAGUUGGGCCAAAGGCUUGACUUGCAAAUGCAGGUGAAUGCCCAGCUUGGAGACCACAUGCAAUCUUCCCGGGAACUCACACUGGACACGGUCACACGUAUCGAACAAGGUAUGAAGCGCUUAGAGGCCAGCCUUAGCCGUGAGACUGGCGACCUCCGAUCAGAAGUGAGCAGAGUGAAGGAGAUUGUCACUGGCAUUUCAACGCAAGUCGAGCGAGAAUCGCAGUCAGUGCAACGGCACGGCACGCAAAACAUGGCCGGAUUUGAAAGCCGGCUGAUGGAGCAGCUGGCACACACCCGGCAGGAAUUCGAAGAUCACAUAAGGAGAUCUUCCACAAAUCUCGGAGAAGGGCUUCAGCAGCUCGAGGACCUCACGACGCACUGUAGCACCAAUAUCCAUUCCAUUAUGGAUACGCAGACGUCGCUCAAAGCGACAGCAGAAAAGAUGACAUCCGAAAUCUUCCGGAUGCAACAGCAGGACGACAAGCAUUAUGCAGAUCUCAGCCUCCGCUUGGACACCAAGGUCGAGAACCAAAAUGUGCAUAUGCUCACGCUAAUCAGUCAAACGGAAACUGUCGGCGGCUUGACAACAGAUGUUGCAAGAUUACGGAAGCGGGUGACGGAGGACACGAGGAUGGUGCUCUCAGAAAUCACUAGAGUUCAAAAAGCAUUGCAAGUGGACUAUUUGCCUCCGACGACCACGCGGUCACGAGUGGGAGUGCGGAAGACCAGUCAAAGCGACGGACAGAGGGGGGAACCAAGCUCCCCUCGAGAACCUAGAGGAGACGACACAUUAAGCACGGCGGUGGCUGUACAACUUGUGACAGGCUUCUCGACUUCCAACCUCCCUGGCUCCCCUACGCUGGUAACCGAGCCUUCACGCAAGUCUCUCCGCGCUAACAAUGCUGGCAACGGUGGACGGAGUCGAGCUGCAUCGAAGGUCGCAGAUCCGGACGACAACGGCGAUGAGCCUAUAGAUGUUCUGAUGAACUCUAGCGAACAGAAGAGAUUCAGGGACAUCGGAAUCCAGUCAGACAACUUCUUUUCCAGUUGUGGCGUGCAGACGGAUGCCUCUUGGGCCGACUUGUCCCGGGAGACGAUGAGGGAUAGGAAAAAGAAGAAGAAGUCCGUCACGACGAAAGAGGAGUCGGUGAAGCAGCAAUCAGCCCGUGCGGCAAACCUGACACCGAUGGACAAGCUGAAAGAGAAGGCGACAGCUGCCGCCAUGAAGAGACAGUACAAUGUGCAGGACUACUACAGGGACGAUGGCUGUGCACAGCGCGUUGCAAGAAGCCCUCUGUUCGAUAAUCUGACGAUUUUCAUUGUUUUACUGAACUCCAUCUGGCUGGGAGUCGACGCCGAUCUGAAUACAGCUGCCGUUCUGUGGGAUGCGCCGCCAGCAUUCAUCGUGGCUGAGAAUUUUUUCUGCUUGUACUUCACGGUCGAGAUCACGAUACGCUUCCUCGCCUUCUACAGGAAGCUCCAGGCAUUCAAAGACUUCUGGUUCGAUUUCGAUUUUGCAUUGGCCAUUCUGAUCAUUGUUGAGACGUGGGUUACUCCGCUGGUGCUGCUGAUUGCCGGUGGAUCCAGUGCACUGCCUGAGGGCUCCUCGAUCCUCCGCCUCAUCCGACUAGCCAGGCUGGUGAGGCUGACCCGUCUCACGCGGCUGCUGCGUUCCUUCCCGGAGUUGAUGAUCAUUGUGAAGGGCCUUGCGUUUGCUGCCAGAUCGGUUUGCGUCUUCUCCCUGCUUUGGGCCAUCAUCACCUAUGCAUUUGCGAUUCUGUUCAAGCAGCUCACUGAAGGCAGUAGCGUGGGGCAGACGCUCUUCCAAUCCGUUCCGGAGUCCCUCAACACCUUAUUGCUGCCUGCGGUUUUUGGAGCCAAUGCCAACAUCAUCAACCAGAUCACAAAUGGCAAUCCUGGACUUUGGCCAAUCAUCGUGUUCUUUAUGGCCUUGGUAUCCGUGACCAUCAUGUACAUGCUUUUGGGUGUUCUGGUCGAUGUCAUCGGGGCAGUAGCUGCCACUGAAAAGCAGAAGAUCGAGAUUUCUUACAUUGUUGGUCAAUUGAGAGAAGAACUGGAAAAGAUGUCGAUAGUGCCCGAGGACAUGGCUUUAAAUCAGCAAGACUUCCAGAACCUGGUCAUGGAGCCGGCGGUGGUGCGGGUCAUGCAGGAUGCUGGCGUGAACGUUGACGUCUUUGCUGACAUGCUGGACUUGGUAUGGGAGGACUCAAGCAAGCAAACUGGAAACAUCACAUUCACGGACCUCGUGAACAUGGUCCUCAAUAUGCGAGGCUCUAACCCUGCCACCGUGAAGGACUGCAAGGAGCAGAUCCGGGUGACCAACUCGUUGAUGAGGCGAUGCUUCGUGGAGCUGUCCGACGAACUGGAUGAAAGGUUCUCACAAGUCCGCACUGAAAUUCAGAACAGCAUGGACGAGUACCAAGAUGAUGAGGAAAUCACGGAAUCGCAGGCGCUGCAAUUCAGGAGCUACGAGGUCGAAGUGUCUGACAUAGGCCGAAGAAGUGAAGCAGCUGCCGCUGCGGACGAAAACUAA